AUGUUGCUUACAAAGGUUUCUUUGGUGGCUUUGUGCGCCUUCAUCGCACAUGCUGUUCGUGCUGUUGAGGAUGGUCUUAGCGAUGACUCUGUAGCACAAGAAGUUGCAUCGGCUCCGCGAACCCUGAAGGAGGAAAUGUCCAUUCUGAGCAAGUUGCUUGAUAAAGAUGCUUUUAACACAGUUGAAGUUGAAAAGAAACCGGAUUCGUAUGAUGGCAAAGAUCUGAAACCAAGAGUUAUUAGAAUCAGGGCAGAACUUGCAUCGUUAAAGAGCAUUAUUGAUUCCAAGAAGGCCAUCCUCGCUAUCGAGCCUGUCGCAGAUGAUUCAUUGCCGAAAUACAAAGGUCUCAACCGUUAUCUAUUUGUUAAGGGCCUCAUGAAAUCAAUUGCAGAGAAAUUUGAAUCGCUAAAAACAUUUUUGCAGGAUACCGUUAAUACGGAUUCUUCUCACCUCAAGACAGAAUUGGUUAAAUUAAAAAUUUUAAAGGAAGGUGACGUAGUUGGUGAGCUGACAGUUGAUGGAUUGUUUGCCUUUUUAAACGCAUUUAAUGCUAUAAAUGGGCCUAUCAAGAACCUACGUAAACUUUUCCGUGAUUAUGAGGAUCACGAGACAGAGGAUGGCACACGUACUCUGAAAUCACAUCCCUUUACUCCAUUCUUUAAAGAUGACCUCGAGGCAGGCGAGUCGUUGACUGAUAUAGACGAAGCUAAUGCGGAAACACAGUACAUUCACACCCCUCGUGUUAUUAGGCCAUCCUCUCCAUCGCGCGGAACUGAAAAUGUGGGAGUUUCCGGUAGUCGUGCCGACGGGCAUGCUGGGCAGACUGAGACGACUCUUGGUGAACCGUCGACAACAUUGAAUCAAGAAAGCCAGUCGCAGCGAGGACGCAAUGAUGUUGCAACUACUAAUUCUGUCGAAGGACCUGGCAGGCAAACAUCGGGGCAAGAGAGCGUAGAUAGCGCAAAUACAGCACCUUCAUCUACAGCGGAUAAUCCCUCCUUGAGAGCUACUACUGGUGAAAAGUCGCCGCAGAAGGCUUCUUCCGCUUUUGACCCGUUUGUAACGGUGCUUCUUCUCGCAAGCGCAAUAUUCGCAUUGUAA